AUGGUUUACACUACCAGACAAAUUGGUGCUAAGAACACCCUAGAUUACAAAGUUUUCAUUGAAGAAGAUGGUAAGCCAAUUUCUGCUUUCCAUGAUAUUCCAUUGUAUGCUGACAAAGAAAACAAUAUUUUCAAUAUGAUUGUUGAAAUUCCACGUUGGACUAAUGCUAAGCUUGAAAUUAACAAAGAACAAACUUUGAAUCCAAUUGUUCAAGAUACUAAGAAAGGUAAAUUAAGAUUUGUUAGAAAUUGUUUCCCUCAUCAUGGUUACAUUCAUAACUAUGGUGCUUUGCCACAAACUUGGGAAGAUCCAAAUGAAGCUCACCCAGAGACUAAAGCUGUUGGUGAUGAUGAUCCAAUUGAUGUUCUUGAAAUUGGUGAAGCUAUUGCUUACACUGGUGAAGUUAAACAAGUUAAGGCUCUUGGUGUCAUGGCUCUAUUAGAUGAAGGUGAAACUGAUUGGAAAGUUAUUGCCAUCGAUGUUAGAGAUCCAUUAGCUCCAAAGAUGAAUGAUAUCGAAGAUGUUGAAAAAUAUUUCCCAGGUUUAUUAAAGGCUACCAAUGAAUGGUUUAGAAUUUACAAAAUUCCAGAUGGUAAACCAGAAAAUCAAUUUGCUUUCUCUGGUGAAGCUAAGAACAAGAAAUAUACUUUAGAUAUCAUUAAGGAAACUCAUGAAUCUUGGAAGAAAUUGAUUGAAGGUAAAUCAGUUGAUGACAAGGGUAUCUCUUUAGCUUCUACUACUUUGAAGGAUGUUCCAACUUUCUCUGCUUCUGUUGCUGAAAGUAUCCCAGCUGCUGCUGCUCAAGAUGAUGCUCCAAUUGACAAAUCUAUUGACAAAUGGUUCUUUAUCUCUGGUUCUGCUUAA